AUGCCUGUCACUUGGGCACAAAGCUCGAGUUCAUCUGAUGCCGCCGCAUUUUUGGCGGCGCUGCCAUCUUGUGCUUUGCCAUGUCUCGUCACUGCCAUCGGAAAUUCGAACUGCUCAGCAACCGACACUGCGUGUCAGUGUGCCGAUACGCAGUUGAAUGAGGAGGUCGCCCUCUGCGUCGGUGCCAGCUGUACGCUCAAGGAGUCAUUGACCACGAAAAACCUCACUGAGACCAACUGCCACGCGCCGAUCCGCGACAAAAGUCGAGACUACAGCAUCACGGCUGUAACGCUGGGCUCCGUCGCUGGUCUCUUCCUCAUCCUGCGCGUGGUCCACAAGUUCUUUGUGCUCAAGUCCGCACUCGGCAUGGACGACUGGUUCGUCAUCGUCGUCAUCAUCUCGGGUAUCCCGUCCACGGUGAUGAGCGUCCAUGGGCUUGCCGCCAACGGGCUCGGCAAGGAUAUCUGGACGGUGCCCUUCGACCAAAUCACCAAGUUCGUCAUGUACUUCUACAUCAUGGAGAUUCUGUAUUUCGCCCAGGUCGCUAUUUUGAAGUUGUCCAUUUUGUUCUUUUAUUUGCGCAUCUUCCCCGCACAGGGGAUCCGGAGGCUGCUCUGGGGCACGGUCGCGUUAAAUUCCGUCUUCGGGCUUGCGUUCGUCUUCGUCGCGAUAUUUCAGUGCAGUCCGAUUCAGUUUUAUUGGGAGAGGUGGGAUCUGGAGCAUGAGGGGACCUGCUACAGCAUCAAUGCUAUGGCUUGGGCCAAUGCCGGCAUGUCGAUCAUGAUCGAUAUUUGGAUGCUGGCCCUUCCCAUCUGGCAGAUUAAGUCGCUGAAGCUGAACUGGAAGAAGAAGGUCGGCGUUGGUAUGAUGUUCUCGGUUGGCACGUUCGUCACCGUCGUCAGUAUCCUCCGCCUCCAAUCCCUCGUCCACUUCGCCAACUCGCUAAAUCCCACCUGGGACCAACUGGACAUAGCCAACUGGUCCACCGUCGAAAUCAACGUCGGCAUCAUCUGCGCCUGCAUGCCUUCUCUCCGCCUCAUCCUCGUCAAACUUUUCCCUCGAGUCAUGGGCACGACCCACGACCGCACGGCGAGAUCGCAGUACUACUACGGGCAGAACUCCAAGGUGCGCAGGAGGAGUCGGUCAUUCGGGCAGAUGCGCAUCGCGUCUAGGGUGAGCUCGGAUGGAGUCGGGAAAGUCCAGACCCCGGGGAUUGUAUAUUCAAAGAGUUACGCGGUAGAGUAUGGGGAUAAUGAUGAGGCGAGCUUGGUGCCGAUGAAAGAUUUGGAUUUGGAGGCUAAGGGGGGGCCUACGGUUAGGGCUACUUCGGAUGAUAUUGUUCAGGGGAAGGCUUGGGCGGAUAGAUAA